AUGCGUAUUAGAUAUGCGUCAACACGGUACGGCGAAGUGCGAAAGGUGGACACCGGCGGCCCUGUUAGACAUCAGAGCGGACUGGGUCGUGAGUGGAGCGUGCGUGGCGGCGCCGCCGCGCACGCUCGUCGCCCGCCCUCCCCGCGCCCGCCCAAUACCCGAGACGCACCGACGCCCAAACCUAGCGAAAGAUAUGACGGCCAGCGCCCAACAUUUACUUUUCUGUUUUCAGCGAGUAUGGCAUCGGGGUCGAGGUCUAAUGCCUUCAACUCUGCUGUUCACCAUAAGCUUCUCCAAGUUAUGAGGGAUCUCUGUGUGCUAUCUAAAGAAGCAGAGGGCCUUAGGCAACACACUGAAGAAAGACCACUGGUGGUUGUCUGA